AUGGGGUCAUUGAAGACUUCUGUCUUCAUCUUGAUCCUUCACCUUCUAGAAGGGGUCCUGAGCGAUUCUCUCAUUCAGCUGAACAACAACGGCUAUGAAGGCAUCAUCAUUGCAAUUGACCCCAAUGUGUCAGAGGAUGAAGCCCUCAUUCAACAAAUAAAGGACAUGGUGACUCAGGCAUCUCCAUACCUGUUUGAAGCAACAGGGAAAAGAUUUUACUUCAAAAGUGUGGCCAUUUUGAUUCCUGAAAACUGGACAACAAAACCUGACUACGUGAGGCCAAAACUCGAGACCUUCAAAAAUGCUGAUGUUCUGGUUGCUGAACGUAAUCCUCCAGAUAAUGACGAACCCUACACUGAGCAAGUAGGAAUGUGUGGAGAAAUGGGUGAAAGGAUUCAUUUGACUCCUGACUUCUUAGCAGGAAAGAAGUCGCUUGAAUAUGGACCACAAGGUAGGGCAUUUGUCCAUGAGUGGGCCCAUCUAAGAUGGGGAGUGUUUGAUGAAUACAAUAAUGACCAGAAAUUCUACUUAUCCAAUGGAAAACCCAAAGCAGUAAGAUGUUCAGCAGAUAUUAUUGGUGAUAACGUGGUAAAGAAGUGCCAGGGAGGCAGUUGUAUCACCAAAGCAUGCAGAAUCGACAAAUUAACAGGAACGUAUGAAAAGGAAUGUGAAUUCGUACCGGAAACACAACAGACUGAGAAGGCUUCCAUAAUGUUUGCACAAAGUAUUGAUUCUGUAGUCGAAUUCUGUACAGAACAAAACCACAAUAAAGAAGCCCCAAACUUGCAAAACCAAAGAUGCAACCUUCGAAGCACAUGGGAAGUCAUCAGUGAAUCUGAGGACUUUAAGAAAACCACUCCUAUGACAAGCCAGCCACCCACACCCACCUUCUCAUUGCUACAGAUUGGACAAAGAAUUGUGUGUUUAGUCCUUGAUAAGUCUGGAAGCAUGUCGAGUGAUAACCGCCUUAACCGAAUGAAUCAAGCCGGCAAGCUUUUCCUGCUGCAGACAGUGGAGGAAGGGUCCUGGGUUGGGAUGGUGAUGUUUGACAGCACUGCCUAUGUACGAAGUGAACUCAUACAGAUAAACAGUGGAGCCGACAGGGAUGCACUCACCAAAAGCUUACCCACCGUUUCCACAGGAGGGACAUCCAUCUGCUCUGGGCUUCGAUCGGCAUUUACUGUGAUUAAGAAGAAAUACACAACAGAUGGGUCUGAAAUUGUGCUGCUGACAGAUGGGGAGGACAACACUAUAAGUGGGUGCACUAACGAGGUGAAGCAGAGCGGAGCCAUCAUCCACACAGUUGCCCUGGGGCCCUCUGCAGCUAAAGAAUUAGAAGAGCUGUCCAAAAUGACUGGAGGUUUACAGAUGUACGCUUCAGAUGAGGCUCAGAACAAUGGCCUUAUUGAUGCUUUUGCGGCCCUUUCAUCAGGAAACGGAGCUGUAUCUCAGCGGUCCAUCCAGCUGGAGAGUAAGGGAGCAACCCUAAAGAACAGUCAGUGGAUGAAUGGCACAGUGAUUGUGGACAGCACCGUGGGAAAGGAAACCUUAUUUCUUGUCACCUGGACAACACAGCCUCCCCAAAUCCUUCUUUGGGAUCCCAGUGGGAAGAAACAAGAUGGCUUUGUAGUGGACACAAACACCAAAAUGGCCUACCUUCAAAUCCCAGGCAUUGCUACAGUUGGCCUUUGGAAAUACAGUCUGCAAGCAAGCUCACAAACCCUGACUCUAACUGUCACCUCCCGUGCAUCCAGUGCUAAUCUGGCUCCAAUCACAGUGACCUCCAGGAUGAACAAGGACACAGGCAAAUACCCCAGCCCUAUGAUAAUUUAUGCAAAUAUUCGUCAAGGAGUCUUUCCAAUUCUCAGGGCCACUGUCACAGCCUUGAUUGAAUCAGUGAACGGAAAAACAGUUACCUUGGAAUUACUGGACAAUGGAGCAGGUGCUGAUGCUACCAAGAAUGAUGGUGUCUAUUCAAGAUAUUUUACAGCUUACGAUACAAAUGGUAGAUACAGUGUAAAAAUAUGGGCUCUGGGAGGAGCUCAUUCAGACACACAGAGAGCAAUACCACAGCAAAAUGGAGCCAUGUAUAUGCCUGGCUGGAUUGAGAAUGGUGAAAUCAAAUGGAAUCCACCACGCUCUGAAAUUAAUAAUACUCUUCAACACAAGCAAGUGUGUUUCAGCAGAACAUCUUCGGGAGGUUCGUUUGUGGCCUCCAAUGUCCCAAACACUCCCAUCCUUGACCUCUUUCCACCUUGUCAAAUCACUGACCUGAAGGCAAGAAUCCAAGGGGACAAUCUCAUUAAUCUGACUUGGACAGCUCCUGGGGACGAUUAUGAUCAAGGGCAAGCUUACAAGUAUAUCAUUCGAAUAAGUACACGCAUUCUUGAUCUCAGAGACAAGUUCAAUGAAUCAGUUCAAGUGAAUACUACUGAUCUCAUCCCGAAGGAGGCCAACUCUGAGGAAGUCUUUGUGUUUAAACCAGAAGGCAUUAUUUUUGAAAAUGGGACGGAUCUCUUCAUUGCUAUUCAGGCUGUUGAUAAGACCAAUCUGGAAUCAGAAAUAUCCAACAUUGCACAAGUAUCUCUGUUUAUUCCUCCUCCAGAGACACCUAGUUCUACUAGCACUCCGCCACUUUGCCCUGAUGUUUAUAUCAACAGCACCAUUCCUGGCAUUCAAGUUUUGAAAAUUGUGUGGAAGUGGAUAGGGGAAAUGCAAGUGUCACUAGGCUUGCAUUGA